AUCUCUUAACUCAUACAUCCAACACACACGAACAAAAGCUUUUUUUUAUUCAGAGAAGAUAAAAAAAAUAUGAAUUUCAUCUCCGAUCAAGUUAAGAAACUCUCAAGCUCGAAACCAGAGGAGCCAGAACACAACAAGCCUGCUGCAGCCGAAGGAACCGAAACAGCCACAAGACCAGCUUCCAACGCCGAGCUCAUGGCGAGUGCCAAGGUCGUAGCCGAAGCUGCUCAAGCCGCAGCCCGUAACGAAUCAGACAAACUUGACAAAGGUAAAGUCGCCGGAGCCUCCGCUGAUAUCUUAGACGCUGCCGAGAAAUACGGUAAGUUCGAUGAAACGACUAGCACUGGUCAGUACCUCGACAAGGCAGAGAAGUAUCUCAACGACUACGAGUCGUCACACACCACCGGUACCGGCGCUGGUGGUCCUCCUCCGACGACGACUCAGGCUGAGCCAGCAAGUCAGACUGAGCCGGCGGCUAAGAAAGACGGUGAAGAGUCUGGUGGUGGGCUUGGAGGUUUUGCCAAGACGGCUCAAGGUUUCAUGAAGUGAUUUGAUCCUUAAAUUGUCUAAUAAUAAAUUAAAUAACUUAAGUAUCGUUUGUGACUAGUUUAUGUCGCAUCGUUUGUGUUAGUAUGGGGAGUGACGAGUGAGUGUAAUAAAUUCAGGUGAUCAUAGUCUAGUCCAUCUGUGUUGUGUUUAUGCUUGUUCUCCCGUUUCUUUAAAUUCUAUGUUCUUUAAAUUUCUAUGUGAAACUAGUGUUUCAUUUCCUUAUUCACACUACCAAUUAAUAAAGACAUAUUGGUAUU